AUGGCAGUUCUCAACACGCUGCCGAACGAGAUACUCUCGCUGAUAACGAAUCAUCUUGAACGGCCACGAGACCUGCUCUACCUAUCUCUAGUAAGCCGCCGGUUGAGAGAAUUUGCAAAGCUCGAUGGAUGGAAAGCUUUGCUCAAAGGCCGCUUUGGCCUUGGUGGAUUGGAUCCGGACGCCUACAACGCCGUCCAUGGUCUAACAACACUAUGCCGAAACUGGGAUCGAAGAGGCCUUAUCGCAAGAUACCUGGAACCAACGGAGAAGACGAUGAGCAUGAAUACUUGGCAGGCUGAAAGGUGGAGAGGGCCGCAAGGUCAGACAAUGGGGUAUCAACCUAGCAUCGACAGCUAUGAAGAGAUGUAUGGGUCGUGGGGAGAACGAAGAGAAGUAUUGGCAUGGUCUGCUGGUACUCAGAUUGUUCUACGGACUAAAGAGACGGGCGCGAAUAUUGAGAAGAUAAGAAAACGCGAAGAGGGUCUCGAUCCGGCAUCUGAUCAGACGUGGACGUACGACGCUUUUAAGCAUCUGAAUACGUGGUUCACGUAUAAGAUCCCGGAUAGCUUUGAGGGUCGCGACGACAUCACCAAGAUGAAGUUGCUCCGACCGCAUCAGAGAGAUUUGGCGUUUGAAGAAAUUGUUUUCGGAACAGCAUCGGGCCAGCUUUCGUUGCUUAGUGUCAGCCCUGACCUUGCUGAAACUAAGGUGCAGCAAUAUGAUACCAAUGGGCGUGGCAUCAACGAUCUGUCAGUGUCAUCUUCGAACUCGCCCAUGCUGGCCACCGCCCUUGCGGACUCCUCACUAGCGCUCUAUUCCAUCGACCGCGACAACUCUUCGGAUGAAGCUAUUAGGCCCUCUUCAGAAGUCAAAACAACAUCAGAUGGUGCAUCACUCGGUAGACUAUGGUCGUGUGAGUUCCUGUCCUCUGACACGGUCGCCGUAGGCUGGGGACCCCACACCGAGCCCAUCGAAGUCUACAACAUCGGUCCCGAUGGUCUCACUUCCGCACCCCUCCGUCGAUUCAAUGUCGCUCAUGCACUCCAUGCACAUUCACGUCCGACUUCGAUAUACCCCAUAUUGCCAAUGCCGAGUACAGCACAAGGCGCAUCGGAAGCAGGCCACACUUUCCUCUCCGGCGGCUACGACGGCAUCAUCAGACUCCACGACAUGCGUUCACCUCGCGGUUUCGAGCAGAUCUUCUGGGACCCAACAAACGACUCGCCAAUCUAUUCCUUGGCUGCGCAGGGUCUAGAGCGUAUUGUAGCAGGUGUAGCUCUCCACAGCAUGAUCAAAGUAUUCGACGUGCGCUUCUCUGGAUCUCAUGCUUACCACAGCAUGUCUAUAUCCGGGAAUAAACCCAGCCCGAAAGGAAAGACAGCAUCUUCGGAUCCAGCGACUAAUGUUAUAGUCAAUGAGACUAGGAAACAUGUCCCAAUAAAAAGCGGUGGCUGGAAUCUCUACCUCAACCCCCGCAUACCCCCUCCACGUACUGCAUACCGCCAAGAUUAUUCGCGCGUGCGAGAAGAUUCCCCAGUGUACAGUCUCUCUAUCCCGUCAUCUACAUCGCAAAACCUUUACGCUGGUCUCGAAGGCGCGGUCGAAGCUCUUACUUUCCACGGCAUCGCGGAUGUGCAUCCGGAUCCAAUGAUGUCGCACUCCCUCAUCCAACGCCACAACAAGACUGCGGUUGAUGUCCGCGCAUCGUACAACCCAGAUGGCGGCGCGCUGAAUCUGGGCAUGUAUGAACAAGGUACCGACGAGGGGAUAGGCAUGCAAUUGUUGGUGCAAGAUGGUGUCACGGAUAGCGCCGUGCGGAGAGAACGUUGUGAUACAGCGAAGGCUAAGGGAUUAGAUGAACGCUGGAUCGAUCUCAGGGAUGAAGGGGAGAGAUGGGCUAGGGGUGAGGUUGUGCCAAGAAGGGAGGCGACGCGUGGACCUAGGACGGGUGGUGGGCGUGGGCGUGGAAGAGGAGGCAGGGGGAGAGGGGCAGGAAGAGGGGUUUAG